AUGUUCGACAAGGGCGGCGCCAUCGGGGACGCCGCCGUGGCCGCGUUGCUGUGCAUGGGCGUCACCGCCCCACAUGUCACCGGUAUCGGCGGAGGUCUGAUGGCCGUCCUUUACGACAAAGAGGUUGAGAAUGGUCACCGGAAGAAUACCAGUGCAUGCUCGUGCCAGUGCGUGCGUUCCGUCCUCUCAGGUGCCAACGCUCCAAUCGUGCCGGGCGCGCUGGCAGGACUCAAGGCUCUGCACACCAAGGUGGGCAAGCUUCCCUGGAAGGACGUGUUCCAGCCGGCCAUCCGCUUGGCCAAGAAGGGCUUCACCGUCGGAUCCCACCUUGCCGCCGCCCUGGCGAAACAUGAGAAAGUACUUAGCGUGUCGGCUUCCCUCAGGCAGCGAUUCUCCAACAGCACCACCGGCGCUUUGUUGCGCAAGGGGGACAAGCUCGUCCAGGCGCAACUCGCCGAGCUGCUGGCGAAGCUGGCCGAACGCGGCCCGGAGCACCUUUACCAAUGGGAGCUCGCCGACGAGAUCGAAAAGAACAUUGCGGACGCCGGUGGGUCCCUCAGGAAAAGCGACUUGUCGCUAUACCAUCCCGUCUGGCAGGAUCCGCUGUCUUCCAGGAUAGGGUGCAGUCAGCAGAUACACUCGGCUCCCAUUCCGGGCGCCGGCGUUGUGCUAGCCGUGGCCGUCCACCAGAUAAACGUGGCUUUCGUGGAGGCCUUGAAGUUUGCCUUGGCAAAGCGGCCGGAGCUUGGAGACGAUCAAAACAUCAAAGACAGGCAGACCAGCAUUGUGACCGAUGUAAUCGGAUUCGCUGCGCAAAAUUACGACAGAACGAAGCCCCUGGCAUCACCACAAAAUUACGGCAUCAAGUACGUCCCCGACGAGGACUUUGGCGGCGCGCAGCUGACUAUCGUGGCGCCUACCGGCGACGCUCUGUCUGUCACGUCCGGGCUCAACGGAAUGUGAGUUUCUUUACCUAACAACGCGAAAAGACACCGGAAACGGAAGGGAGAUGUUUGCGACUCGUUCGCAGUCCUGAGCCACAUCAGGUGAAACUUGGCGUUAACGCACGGUAAUCAAAGCUAUUGCUUUUGAACGUUUGAUACGUGC